AUGGAGAGCCUGCGCAUACUGGUGCUGGGAGACGUGGGCGUGGGGAAGAGCUCCUUCCUGAAGCUAAUAACGGAGAGGUUCUCCGAAAUAUACCCAAUUAAUUUCUUCGACUACUACAUGCACCUAGAGGAGGAAGAGGAGGAGGGGAACAAAUUUGUAAGUUCCAAAGAUUUAGCCGAAAAUAAUUGCAAAACGAAGAGGGUCCAGGCCUUGGUAGAGUCUAUGUUCUUUCAAGCUAAAAAGAAUUUCCUAGAAUUUAUUGAAAGCAAAAUGAAUGGUCAUCAUUUUUUUUGCGAGCAAAGACACAAGUACACCUACGGAUUUGAAAUUUUUACUUUUCUAUGGCACAUGGAUAAGGCAUAUAACAACAACAAAUUUGAGAAGAAUAUUCCCCUGAACAUAAGGCAGCAACCUGGGGGAGGCUUUUCCAACAUGCUGGCUGUUCGUGGGCAGGAAGAGAAGGCACUUCUGGUGGAGUUCCUCGAAAUAGGAGGUAUCCAAACGUACUCGUGCAUCCGAAAUAUUUUUUACACAAAGCACGAUGGGAUUCUACUUGUUUAUGACUCUUCAAAUAAUAGGUCCUAUCACAAUUUGGCCAAAUGGAUGUACGAAGUGUAUGAGCAUAGGAAGCCUCCAUCGGAUGUGUUUUGCUCCGCCAAAAGGGGUCGAAAUAAAUUUUGGAACCUGUUUAAGGGCGCCGAUGCGAAGGAGGAUAACCAGGGGACGGGGGACGGCCCCUCCGGGAGGGGGAUACCCAAGGGCUGCCCUGAUCACGGCGGGUGCGGGGGCUUCCGCGACUUGCACGGGCAUAGGAAAAGCGGCGCCCACGUGGGGUGCAACGCGGAGUGCAAGGCGAAGUACAACACAUCGUACAACAGGGCGUACAUCACAGCGCACCCCGCGGAGAGCUAUGCCCACCGGAGUGCUAACCGCCACCUGGAGGAAGACCAAGACCAGGACCCCUUCGCCUCCGAUGACGACUCGGACCUCGAAAAGGGACGCGCCAAAAAGGGGGACCAAAUUCUCAAGGGAGAAAUACCUAUAGCUUGCAUAGCCACCAAGAUCGACAAGAAGAACGCCAAAGAAAAACCAGCCUCCGUGAAAACGCCCGAAACUUCCAUUUUUUACAAAUUUUUUUUCCCAGAUCUUUCUGCCAACGCCACGAAUGAGGCUGCAAACGCGCACAAGGAUAAUUUAAAGCGAAAGAAAGAAAUCCUGAAGAAACUGGAAAAUCAUAUCACCCAGGCGACUGAAAUUAAGGCAAGUUCCAUCGAUUGUGUCGUUGACAUCGAGAAAUUUAUGCAUUUCCUCAGGCGCGUGUACGAGAAAAAGUACAUCUCGCCUGGGCUGGAGGGGUAG